AUUUAUUCUUCAUCCAGCGCGCAAUAGCUUCGUUUGGCCCAGGACUUUUCUUUACCCCCAACCACAGCCAUCCUACCCAUCGCCGUCACGCCAGAGAGGCGUACUUCCGCAACCAUGCAAAGACGAGACUCCAUCAUGGGCGUGGCCAAGGAGAACUUGACAAGUUCCGUCUCUCACUCAGUUUCAAGUGGCCUUCGCAAGCUGCCGUGCUUCUGGGACAACUCCAUCAGCGAAGAGCGCGUCAUUGUAAGAGUUGGAAUCGGCGGUCAGGUUUUCCGCAUUCACAGGGACGUCCUCUGCCAAUGCUCGCCGAACUUUCGCGCUGCUUUGCAGGGAAAUUUUCGAGAAGCCACAGAAGGUCUUGUACUGGAGGACGUCAGCGUCGACACCUUCAAGGUAUUCCUGGAUUGGGCCUACAUGGGCACGGUGCCAGAUUGGCCAGACCAUUCCUUCAUCUGCAGCUGCAAAUGCUGCACCGCAGACAAGUCCAGCUGUGUGCACGACGAAGCCACCCUGAUGUCUGGCGACCCGGUCUCUCUCGAAGCUCUGGACCUGGAAGCGCAUUACCGGACGCGCACUGCAGCUGAGAUUAUGGACGCCUACAUCUUUGCUUACCAAUACGACAUCCGACACUACCGCAACGACCUCUUUGACGCCAUUCACGCGGCGUACCAAUACGGUGACUCGUUGCCAUCUUAUAGCAUCGUGUUGAAAGCCUUUGAGCAUAUGGCGCCCUCAUCACCCGUAUGCCGGUACUUAAUCGAUGUAUACGCGCGCAACUACGACCGCAGCUCCGACGACGGCCAUCGGCACGAGCUUAUAAUUCGGAGGCACUUGCCCAAUGAUUUUUUGCUGCCGCUCCUGCUGAAAAAGAUGGAUGGGUGUGAUGAGAAAUACACGCCUUGGGAUGAGGAUUAUUGCAGGUACCAUGAGCAUUCAGAAGGCGAGAAAGGAAAGUGUUGGUGGCAAAACAAGGACACAAAGGAGUAGGAUGAACAGGUGGUGAUGGAUAGAGAAAGAAAGAAAAAGAUGAAAGAGAAGAAGAAGGCGAUCUCAUAUAUAUAUCCCAAAGGCGAUGAGUAAUAACGCUCCAGCCACGAGUAUGAAAAGGAUGUUGGCUGUUACACUAUGGUUGGACUGGUGGGUACCUGGUGGUUGGGUUGUUUGGUAGCGAACGCCCUGGCAAACG